CUUCACUCCUCCGUCGGCCGACGGGGUUGCUGCUGAUCAUCCGAGUGUAGAAGUGUACUCGGUACACGACGUAAUUUUGUGGUGGCCCGUUUCCAAGGUUUAUUAUUUUUAUUUUAGAUCCCGUAUUGUAAUAUCGUAUCGAUAAAAAAAAUGAACGUAAUUGCGAAGUCGGCGAAUAUAACGCCGUUUGCACGAGCUACGGUGUCAGUGGUUACAAAUGGAGUCCGACCAGUUGGAGCAACUAAAGCAACUAAAGAAAAAAUCGUUGUGCCACCUACAGUCACCCAUGUUCUUUCCUGGACUCUCAACCAGAAUCUACCUAGAGGAACAAUUCGUAUUUGCUCUGGACCCAUAGAUGUUUAUAUUCCAGCGAGCACACAGGUUCUUCAGACCCGAUUGGCACAUACAGAUGUUCGAGUGCCUGAUUUCUCCUAUUACCGCAAAGAUAUUAACCAAGAUCCGACCAUAAAGUCUCGUGAGAAAGUUGCAGAGAAGCAAACUUUUACAUAUCUUGUAGCAGCUGGUACAGGAGUAUGCGCAGCUUAUAUCGCAAAAGCACAGAUUCUCAGUAUGGUGGGAAUGCUGGCAGCUUCAAAGGAUGUACUGGCUGUUUCUAAGAUAGAGGUUGACUUGAAUAAAAUUCCUGAGGGCCAGAGCAUGGUCUUCAAGUGGCGUGGCAAACCUCUGUUCAUUCGGCACCGAGAUUCAAAGGAAGUUGCUCGAGAGGAGGCGGUCAACGUGGCUGAACUUCGCGAUCCUCAGGCCGAUUCAGAGCGCGUCAAACGUUCCGAAUGGUUAGUCGUAGUUGGUGUUUGCACUCAUCUUGGUUGUGUACCGAUCGCAAACGCUGGUGACUUUGGUGGAUAUUAUUGUCCGUGUCACGGUUCGCAUUAUGAUGCGAGCGGAAGAAUAAGGAAAGGACCGGCGCCGCUCAACCUCGAAGUACCGGAGUACGAAUUUGUUGAAAAUACCGUCAUCGUCGGUUAAAUUGAUCGUUCACGACACUAAACGAUCGAGAACGAACGUUAUAGUAGAAAAGAUGGCGGAAUCAAAUGAAAAAGAAUUUGAAAAACAGUAACAUCGUCAAUCUCAAAUAAGUUCUUGUACGAGCAUCCAUUUUCUCAAUCGCGUUGACGAAAUGUGUCACUGAGUCGACCAAUAACAAAUUUUAGAUAUUUCCAUGUCGUAUGAGAAGUCCUGAAUUUAGUUUCUCCCGUUUUGAGAUGUCGAUACACCUGUCGGGUGGUAUGCCGUUCAAUCCGCGUCAUUUGCCAGCCGGGAUCUUGAAAAAAUACGAAAUGGUCGAUCGGAAAUUCUCCCGUAUAAUUGUUUCAAGAUGUAUAGUCAUUAGAAUAAAUUGAAAUUAUGCGAGGA